AUGGCCUCCACCUUCGAGUCCCCCAACGCUGUUCGUCGUACGGCGUCCGCCUCUUCUUCUUCCUUGAAAGAGAAAGAGAAGGCAGACGUUACAGAACCUGCCGUUUUUCUGAGUACGGACGAGGAGGAAAACGGAAAAUCUUCUGGUAAAUAUGAGGUCUAUAGGCCAUACAUUUUGGGGGCAACAGCACUCGUCAUUCUGGGAUGGUGGAUCAGUGCAACAGUGCUGGAAGCAACUAGACACAGAUGGAUCGUUCAGACUCUGUUUGCAUGGUUUUUUAUCCUUGUCAUUGCUUUCCGUUUCAUUCCAAACACUGUUGUCACUAAACCGGUGGAAGCGUUUUGGGCUCCCUGCGUCUCAAAGCCUUGGUUCGCGCUAAACUACAGGGCACGGUUAGCGUUUGGCUGGCUCUGCCUUCUCGCCCUGGUCUUUGGGUCAGCAUUCGGCUUCAAACUUACCAACGGCGCAACCUAUUCUGAUCGAGGUAUUCCUCUUGUCGGACUUUUCCUCUUCCAAUUCGGGUUUUGGGCAUCAUCCAAAAAGCACAGCGCUGUUCCUUGGCCGACUGUAAUCGUUGGUCUCAUUCUUCAGCAGGCUAUUGCCCUUUUUGUCCUUAAGUCAGGAGCCGGUUUUUCCAUUUUCAAAUGGAUCGCAACACUCGCUGGAGACUUUUUGGGGCGUUCUCAAGCAGGAGCACAGUUCUUCUUUGAUGAAGAAACAUACAACAAACAUUGGUUCUUCAUUGGCACUCUGGGUUCUAUUAUCUUCUUUAUUGCAUUUGUUCAAAUGCUUUACUAUCUGGGUGUCAUGCAAUGGGUUAUUGCUAAAUUUGCCUGGUUUUUCUUCAAACUGAUGAACGUAUCCGGUGCCGAGGCCGUUGUAGCGGCAGCUUCGCCUUUUGUUGGACAAGGCGAAUCUGCUUGCCUUGUCCGUCCGUAUGUGGAUUUGAUGACUGAAUCUGAGCUUCAUGUUACUAUGACGUCGGGUUUCUCCACCAUCGCUGGUUCAGUGUUGGUUGCGUAUAUGAACCUCGGAGUGCCCGCAACAACUCUCGUCACCUCCUCUGUAAUGAGUAUUCCCGCGUCGCUUUCCAUAAGUAAGAUGAGAAGUCCGGAGCUUGAGGAGCCUCUUACUCGUGGUAACGUCACCAUUGAUCGCGGUGCUGAGGAUACCAAGAAUCCCCCAGCCAACGCCAUCCACGCUUUCAGUCAGGGCGCCCUAUUUGGGUUGAUAGUGGCGGGUCAAAUCUUGACGAACGUACUUACCGUCCUUUCACUUGUUGCAACGGUCAACGGCCUCUUGACCUGGGUUGGCCGUGGCUUUGGCAUCGGUAACCUCACACUGGAGUUGAUCCUUGGUUACGUUUUUUAUCCAAUCACCUUCUUUUUGGGAGUCCCGCGAUCCGAAAUUUUGAAGGUUGGACAACUCUUUGCCAAGAAGCUCAUUGCGAAUGAGUUUUCAGCAUACGAGGACUUGAAGAAAUUGAAUGAUGCAGGCAAUAUUUCCGCUCGCGCAUAUACCAUUGCUUCGUACGGCCUCUGCGGUUUCGCCAAUCUUGGAUCCUUAGGCAUUCAAAUCGGAGUCCUUGGAGCUUUGGCACCGUCAAAAGGAAGGGUUAUAGCCAGAAUAGCCUUUUCGGCCAUGGUAUGCGGCUUCCUUUGUACCUUGCAAACUGCCGGCAUUGUUGCUAUGCUUAUUUAA